AUGUCGCCUGGCUCUGCUUACUCUAUUCUGCGCAUCAAGCGCAAGCGCACUGAGCAAUCCGAUCCAUUGGAUGCGCUGGGUCCGUCUCGCAGUGCCUAGCCGACCCGUGUCCGGAUGGAUUUGCCAGCGAACACAUGGCAGGCUCAUACCAACGCACACCCACACAGUCAUACAGGAUGGUGCACAAGCCGAGGUGUCAUCCCAGCUGACGCACAAACGUCGGAGAUCGAACACAUCCACCCCAGCGCCCGGCGGUAGGUCGUGUGGCACUCCUGACCGCGAGGCAGUCUCGCAGGUCGGAGACGAGGGGAGCUGAUGGAGUGAUGCGGUGAUCUUGCAGGUGUUUUUCAUUUCGCCGAAACCGUUCCACUCGAUACCUUUGACUCGGACACCUCCUCUCGCAAGCUCAGAGUACGCCUCUGUUUACUGGUUCAGCGCCAAAGCUCGAGAUCUUUGGGUGUGGAAGCGCUGAUGAGUUCGGCUGGCUUACCGUGCGACCUUUGGUUUAUGAUGUUCAUUGGUGACGCAGGAACGAAUUUCGGCCUUCUUUCGCGAGCCGCAAGAUUCGUCCCGGGGGCAACUUUCUCAGAUCGGGCCAGGAUCAUUCCCGUCACUCCCAAGUGACUUUCGGCAGGUUGAGCCACCGGCACUCGCUGCAACCCCCCGAAAGCUGCCCACGUCUCUGGAGCGUGGACCUACAAGCAGCAACAGUCGUACAGGGGACCUUGUCAAUCCAACCGGUGCAGAGUCAAUGAAACCGACGCGCUACCACGUCAUUGGUCAAACCCGAUACGAGCAAGAGAGCGAUGCCCGACGGAGGAGACAGCUCGGCGGUGGAGUGCCCCCACAGGUUGUGUGAGUGCAGUGAUGCACUCAGCUGGUAGACUGAGAUACCCUAAUAAUGAACAACCGGAUUGCACCAGCAGCAGUGCGUCGUCGAGUGCCCGCUCAACGCCCGAUCGAUUUCGAAUCUACGAAGCCGCGCCGAUUGGUGAAGGCGACGAGCUCUCGAAUCAGGGCCCAAGACAGGGGUAAGCCAGCCAUUUGGCUCGACUAUGAAUUACUUGUUAGUAUCUUAUCCGUAUGCUCGCUCGCCCUCAGUCGUGGACUACGUCCCACUACGACAUCGUCAGCGAAUGCGAAAGAGGACGAGAUCAUGUCCAAUUUCGUUCCGAUGCUGCAGGAGUAUCUAAAUCGUGCGUGGCAGCGUUGAAUCACUUUGACUUUUGGGACCUCCACCGGAAGGGAAAAUGGACUCUCCGACUAAAUUUUGGGUGUUCGUAUGACUUGUGUUCGCAGUCGGUGACCCGACCAGUGCCUCUAAUUCGGCUCCAGCAAUCGUGUUACCAAGCUUGGAGCCGGGCCUGGGUCCGGGGGACGCGAAGGAGGGUGGCGAGGCGGAGGACGACGAGUACGUGUACGACGUGUACUAUCGAGACUUGAGAUCUUCAGUUACGACCAUCGAUGUGGGCUCGUCGGAAGGGUUGAGGAGAGUGGGUCAACUGUACGUCGAGGUCGCUUGCGUUCGAUUUUGCUCCUCAAGCGUGGCGAUUUGGCUGAUAUCUGACUCGCUCUGUCCUCUCCCCAGAGCCGGUCUGGAUGACGACGACGACGACGAUCUACUCCGUGCGGGAGCGGACGACAGCGAUCCGGACGAGCUUGGUGACGAAGAUGAUCAGGAUUCGAACGGUGAGGAACUAAAGUCUUUGCCCCGGGCUGCCCUGAUUUUCGCACCGGGUUGACUGAUCGAACGAAGAAGCUGGGUUUCGCAGAGGAGAACGACUACCGAAAUGAUUAUCCUGACGAAGAUGGGGACGAUGAUGAUUCUGACCUGUUCGAUGGGAGCGACGACGGGGAUGAUGGGCGGUGGUGA